AUGACUCGUGAGGAGACAUGGAGUGAAUUUUGUUCAUCCGCAAGUACUAGGCUAUCAAUUGAAGCACUUCAGCUGUUCAAGGCAUAUUUAAAUGAUAAUCGUCAUGAUGACAAACCUGGUUGUGGUUUGGAGUUUUUGGAAAUUAUAUUUAAAAAAAUGCGUCGCAAAUUCGAGACAUCUCUGUCCCCGUGCUAUUUUGUACAGGAAAACAAACCUGCCGAAAUAAUGUCGACAAAAAUAGGUGCUGAUCACAAAAAUACAAAUGAACGUUUGUCUUUCAAGGAUGAAAACUUGUCUAUCAACUCUUCCCUCACAGAAUUAAGUGAAAAUCUUUCCCACAUUGCAUAUGCUAAUGCCAGUGCUGUGGUAGCAGCCGCUCGAUCCAAGGCUGUGGCUGCCUCAGGGGUUCGCAACACUUCACCUCGUGGCAAAAGCUGUGAUAUGCCUCCAGAUAAGACGUCAAAAAAUAUUUUCUCAAGAACUCGACAUUCAAGAAGUGCUCCCAACAAAAGUGCUAAUCGACAGUCUUCAGUUGGACAGCAAGAUUUCCAUCAAAAGCAUCACUGGUUGGGAGAGCAGCAUACAAAACUGCACACAGAUUCUUCACUAAGCCCAGGUAUUUCUGAAAGCAAACCAAGUUGGCGUUUGAGUUCCCUGUGGUUCCGACGUAGCUUUACGAUUGCUUGGCGUCGUAGAUCACCUCUGAAUGUAGACAGUUCUGGCGAAAAAUGUGGGGGUCCUUAUCCUCGUGCUCCCGGGACUGCUGUAAAUAUAAAUGCCCAACUAGUUCGUGAAGGUAUUGUGAUGCAGUGGCUUGGUCCACACUUUGAUUCACAUCGUCCUCGUAUUGAUUGUGAAAAGAUGAAUAAUCCUGAAGCUGGGACUGAAAAGAAAAGCACGCAGUGGGCUCAGUCUCGUCUUUGCUUGUGUAGUACAAGUGCAGGCCUAAUCUUAGAAAUAUUUACUCCUCCUGACGCUGAACAACCUCAAUAUGGUUUUUGCUGUGGUCUUAUUUUCGAAGUUCGAUUGGUCUGUCCCGAUGAACUCACAGAUCCUCGGAAUAACGUUUUACUUGUUAAGACCGAAUUUGGGGACCAAAAAAUUUUUCAGUCGUCAGAUGAAUUAGAUGCGAACGAAUGGAUUACUGCCAUACGCAGUGGCUUACCACCAUUGCGCAGGAAUCCUGUUUCUCCGAAGUGUGACAUUGACCUUAGUCGUAUUAUAACUUCAGUUCGAUCUGAACGAUGUACCAACUGUGAUGCAAUUUUGGAUUCAAAAUCAGCCCCCAAUAUGAUGUCUCCAGUUCCGUUACUACCAAACAAAACUAAUACUAUUGAAUUAAGUGUUGGAUCAGAUCAUAGAAAGGUUCAUGACACAUCAGUAUUUCAUUCUACUAAUUUCAAACCACUAUGUACAGAUGACUCAGCAAACCCUACCAUUGUAUCAACGUUCGCACAUGUUUGUAGUCAUGUCAGUAGUGUACCGGAUGUUUGGUCUGCUUCUACCAAAUCUGAUCGUUCUAUUACAAAUCAUGGUAUUAAUCUUAGUCAAUCAGAUGGAUGCACUACUACAAUGAGCAAUACAAUCUCUUCUCAUGGAUUAAUAAAACCUACUGUUCUUUGUCCUACUCCAUCGCGAGUUUCUACUUUCGCUCCGGGAUUUCUACAUACACCAACUUCCUCUCAUCCAGUUUCAUUACAUUCGAUUGGUAGACUAGAUAAAAGCAAUAGAUUAUGCAGUUUGACAAACAAUACUUUACUAGAACAAAUUAAUUCACCGAUAACAAAUCAGUCAAGAGUUGAUAGUCUUCGAAGUGGAGCAUUUUCUGUCCUCAAUUCUUCAAGUAAUCUACCACGUGUUUCUUCGUUAACUUCUGGUUUUGAAGAUUUAAUUGGACAACAGCUUUCUAUUUACCCAUGGUAUCAUGGAACACUUUCACGAGUUCGAGCCGCUAGUUAUGUAUUAGGUCAACUUUCGGAAUUUGAACAUGGGAAUGCGCAACAGAACUUAAUUUCACCGGAAGCUGCUAGAAUAAAUUUUAACUCUGA